AGCGCGCCAAGGGCAAGGAGGGAUGUCAGGAAACGUGUCUGUCCCGCUGGGGUGUAGCGUUUCCCCCUUCCCUCGGCGGGAGUGGCGCGGUGCCAGCGCGGGCCGGUCCCGCCGUGACGCGCCGGCGGGUGUGUCGCUGAAAAGCCGCCCGGGAGCGGCGCGGGGCACGCACAGGCGAGCGGAGCACGCACAGGCGAGCGCAGCCCCGGCGCAGCGGGCACGGCCGCCAGCCCCCAUGGCCCUGGCCACCGCCCCCGCGCAAGGCUCCGCGCAGCCCGCCCUGCCCUCCGGACCCGCCGUCUUCAAAACCAUCCCCUACGCCUUCAUCCUACCGGAGAUUUUGUGCGGGACCUGGGUGUGGAUCCUCGUGGCUGCCACUUCCGUCUCCUUACCGCUGCUGCAGGGAUGGGUGAUGUACGUGUCCCUCAGCUCCUGCCUCAUCUCCCUGUUCUUCCUCCUGAGCUACCUCUUUGGCUUUCACAAAAACAGCGAGAACUGGAGAGUGCUGGACAGUCUGUACCACGGUGCCACAGCCAUUCUGUACCUGAGUGCCGCAGUCCUGCAAGCCAACGCCACCAUCCGCUCCGAGUCUGAGUACCAGACGCCGCUUUACUACCAGCUCAACAGCGCCGCAUCGUUCUUUGCCUUCCUCACAGCCUUCCUGUACAUCCUGCACGCCUUCAACAUCUACUACCAGUGAGGCUGGCUCGAGCUCUGCAGGAUGAGGGCUCUCCCAGCACAAGGCCAGCGCUGGCUUUCUCACUUCCCUGAAGGAGGGGCUGUUGUACAGGGGUGUUCUGUUGUGUGCUUGGGGGGGAUAUCCUGUGCCUUGCCCAUGGGCUCCACAGGGGGAGGGGCUGGGUGGAGGCGAUGAGUCAGCCUCCUGCUCCGACCUUCUGCCAAAUACAGACGGCCGAAGAGAGGAGAAAGAAGAAAAAAUGCAGUUCCUUUCUUAUUGUCCUGCCUGUGGUUCAGCUAGAUCCCUCCCCCAACACAUAAAUCCCUAACAACACUACAA